AUGGACCGCCUUUUACGCCGACACGGCGGCGGCCACGACGACGACAGCAGCAGCAGCAGCAGCACGGCCGGCAUCGGGCUGCUCACCAACACCAAGACGGGCGACCCGUGGGCGGGCCAGGCCAAGUACGCCAAGGGCGUCGUGGCCAUCGGAUGCAUCGUCGUCGCCUUGGCCGCGAUACUCGCCAUCCCGUCGCGGCUACGACACCGUCGCCUCGACAGAGCCAGGACCGGCGGCGCGCCACGGCGCAGUCAUGGAGCGGCAGGGACAGCCGUAGGGCGCCGUCACCCUGUCGAGCCGCCUCGACGGGCGGCGUCGUUCUGCCGCUUCCUCGCCUACCGUCAGCUGCCGUCGUACCGCCUGGGCUUCGUCGACCUCCGCUUUCCGGCACUCGGCGUCACGCUCCUCCUGUGCGCGCUCAUGCUCGGCGUGACGGCAUGGAUGUUUGCGGUCCAGCCCUACUACCGCUCCGCCUACACGUUUGGCAGCCCGCCGCUGGCGCUGCGCGCCGGCAUGAUGGCGCUCGGCCUGAUGCCCUUCAUCUAUGCCCUCGGAUCCAAGGUCAACCUCAUCUCGGCCCUCACGGGCACCAGCCACGAGCGGCUGCAGGUCUACCACCAGUGGAUCGCUAGGUUUAUGCUGUUCCUCGCCACCGUCCACACCAUCCCCUUCAUCCGGCAGCCGCUGCAAGAGGGGGGCACCGCGGCGCUGAGGGAGUGGUUCUUCAGCGACCACAUCAACACGACUGGCACCGUCGCCUACGCCUGCCUUUUUGUCCUCGUCUUUGGCAGCUUUGCCGGCCUGCGCGAGCGAUGCUACGAGCUGUUUGUCGCCGUCCACAUCCCCGUCGCCGUCACGUUCCUGGCCUUCAUGUUUAUCCACACGUCGCAGCUCUUGACCAGCUGGCGCUACCUGUGGGGCACCGCGGCGCUCUACAUGCUCUCGGUCUUCCUCCGCCUCGCACGGCAGCUGAGCAGCCACAGCCUGUUCGGCCUCUGCCGCUGCCGAGUCGAGGCCCUCGACGGCCGACUCACGCGGCUCACGAUCCGCACUCCGCUCACCUGGCGGCCGGGCCAGCACGUCUUUGUCCGCUUCCCCGCCAUCGAGCCGUGGUCCGCCCACCCGUUCACCAUCGUCUCGAUGCCCCGUCCCGACCACAGCGGCGACUCUGCCAUUGUGCUCAUGGCCAAGGCGCAUGGCGGGUUCACGCGCAAGCUUCAUUCGCGCGCCCUGGCGGGCCAGGCGGGCGAGGCCGAGACGUCGACAGAGACGACGACGGCGAUGCGCCACGGCGAGCACAUCGACGACCACGACGCCGACGAGCAGCUGCUCCGUCCCUCGUCGAGCACGUCGCUCUCGGCCAUCGUCGACGGGCCGUACGGCCAAGACGCGGGCGUGUCCGACUUUGACGCUGCGCUCUUCAUCGCCGGCGGGUCGGGCAUCACGCUCGCCAUGGCCUCGCUCCUCGACCUGGCGUGGCAGUGGCGGAACGGCACUGCGCAGACGCGGCGCGCCAGGCUGGUCUGGUCGGUGCGGAACGACGAGAGCGUCGAGUGGAUGCGGGAGCACAUCGAGACCGUCGAGGCGCUGGCGCCGCGAGGGUCCUUUGGCGUCGUUGUCCACAUCAGCCAGUCUGCCGGGGGUGCAGCGUCGACCCUCCCGGCCUCGUGGCAAGUCCAUCGAGACGGCCAUCCGGACGUCUCGCUCGCCAUUGACGCGUUCCUGCUCGAGGAAGUGCCGUCGUCGUCGUCUUCGUCGUCGAUGCCGUCGGCCGACGUGGAAAAGGGCGAGACGCCGUUGUCGGAGACCAGCUCAGCCUCGACGUCGCCCGACGCAAAGCGGUCGUCGUCCCCCGCAUCGUCCGUUUCGGCACCGACACCGUCGUCAUCGGUGGCCGUGGUCGUGUGCGGGCCCGAGGGCAUGUCGAGGGAUGCGGGCAACAGGGUGGCCAAGCUGCAGCUCGACAUGGCCCGAGGAAGGCUGAAGCACCUCGAGCAAGUCUACCUCGUCAACGAACGCUUCGGAUGGUGA